UAUGGAAAUUGAAAUCGAUCAAACUAUAACUAUCAAUUUACCAUGCCACAAAAUAUCAAAAUCAAAUUUUAAAAUAUUGAAUCAUAUCAAAUUAAUUUCUUACGAUAAUUGAUAACGGUGUAAUAUCUUUAAAAAACAAAAAACAAAAUUAUUGAACCGAAAUUUACGAUAUCUUAUCAUGUCCACAUCCCUAGGUAAUAGUAAAGUGCAAAAAUUUUCAGAGAGCUCAUCAAAUUCCCUCCUCCCAAAAAAAAAACACCCAAAAAAUCUUCAAAUUUCUCAAUAAAACCGCCUAAAAACUCCUCCAAACAGGGAAUACUAGCAGUUAUGGACAAUUCUAACACAUCAAAAGGCUUGCGAAAACCCUAAGUUGCAGCAGCAGCAGCAGAAGAAGAAGAAGUAAUGGAAAAGUUGAGAGAAACAAUCCUGAAAAUGUCCAACAAAGAACCCAAUGUGCCAUUGUCAAAGACCCAAAACUCCAUUCUUCAACAGCAUCUUAACCGUUUUCUAUCUGGUCUUCAUACUACCCCUGUUCAUCCUCCUUAUACUUGUAUGAUUGAAAAGGCCUUGCAGGAAUUGGAUGAAGAAGGUGGUUCCAAUGAAGACUCAAUAUCUGAGUUUAUCAAGAAAGAAUAUGACAGUUUACCAAGAGCUCAUACGACCCUGCUCAAACAUCAUCUAAAGAAGAUAUCUGAAAAGGGAGAAAUCCUUAUGAUUGAUGGAGGACGGUUUUUGCUUCCUGGUGACAGCAAAAACUUGAAUUCAAAGAGAAAAAUGAAUAGGAAGAGAAGGAGGAAUUCAUCAAUUAAACAAAAGAAGCCGCAGCAAAAGAAAAAGAAAGAGGAGGAUCCUCGACAUGAGGUGCAUUUUGAGCAAUGUCAUAGGAGGCCUGCUAAGUAUAAGGAGGACGGGGCUAAAAUAGAUGAUAAUACAAUUUCAGCAGCGGCAACAAACAAGGAGGUGUUAUGUUUGGAUGCUCCUCAGGAUGAGGUACGUGUGAAGGAACCAAAAGAUAAGCGUCGUGGAAGGGCUCUCAAGGGCAAGGAGGACGGGAUGAUCCAGAUUCUACACUUUUGAAGGACUUGAGAUUAUCCAAGAAGCUAACGAAGAAACAAAAUGAUCAAGGACUAAGAAGGCGUAGGAAGGCACAGUAAAGUAAGCAUUGCAGUUCCUUGAGAUAUCUCCCAGAAGUUCAAAUGUUAGUGGAUGCAUUUUAGUUGCUUGUAUUUCUCUUUAUUCAAUUUAGUAAUUCGAACUAAGAGUUUCACUUAUUUGAAAGAAGCUAUAACAUUAGUUACUAAUCACCUGUAGUUCUCUUUUCUUUAAGUUUUGCUCUAUACAAUAGAAUUUGUAAACUCUCUACAGGCUUAGCUUGUUUAGUGCUGUGAAUAUUUAUAAAA